CCAUCAUCCAUCUUCAACCUUUUGCUAUCUUUCCCAUCUUAGCAUAAAACCCAACAUCCCACACGUACUAUCUUUUAUUUUACUCCCUUGACAUUCUCUCGGGCAAACCUACAUAGGGCACCAUACCAACCCAGAGGAUCCGUAGCUUCUAAAGGAUAUCGGAACUUUGCCGUGGAGUCUACCUACAUUCUACCGGCUGCCGCUUUCGAAACCGUUGCACAACUACAGCUAUAGCCGCCUACAGCACGGUCAGGUCUGGUCUACUACUCUAGGUGUUACACACCCGUCAGUCCAGUUUCUGUGUCUUUGAACCCCUGUUCGACUACACUAGCUUGGUCGCCUAAAGUUAGAUCGAAACAGCUCGAUUUUGGUCAACUCUGUUGCACAUGCGCGCACACGAUCACAUCCCUCACUCUCAGCGCCAAUCCCUGGAUAUCAUCCACAGCCAGCGUCUCGUCAUCAUCGUUCGUGUGCACCCCAAAUAGUCAACCAACUGGGUUAAUCGAUUGCCUGUUCACCAACCGCAGACACAACAUCCCACGCUCUCGCAUUGAGAGGGGGAAUCAGCAGGCACGCGAUCGCAGCUUUCGUCACUUGUUGAACCUCCCUCAACAAACUCACACGCCCCCUCCAUUCUCCGUUCUCCAUCUCCAAGGCUCGGGAGUCUGCCCCUCUCUCCGUCUUCCUCCCGCUCGAGGGACCUACCACGUACGGUACCUACGUCUGGUAAUUUAUCAGUACCUACCGUACCUCACGCAGCGACUUGCCCAUCUCGGAUAGCACUACUCGCACCUCGUGGGUGAUUUAAACUCCUCGUUGUGGCCCGUGAGAAAGGUUCGGUGCCCCUCAUCCGCCGUACACCACCAUCGUCCUUCCGUCUCCGGCAAGACAUCAUCAGAGCAUUCAUCUCACCUAUUACCAACAGCUCUUUGAGGAAACACGACUCCAGUCGUGCAGUGCAGGUUCAAGGUUCACAAUGGAACCAAGCGGCAUGCACAUCCCUGAAGAUGCGUUGUUGCAGUACGAAUAUAUGACCCCAAUUGGUUUAUGUCUAAGGACCAUUCAUUCCCUUGAAUUCAUGAUUGGCAAGGCCACUCCUGGCCUCGAUGUUUCCUAGCUCAGUGUUGUCGUUGGUCUUUAUGUAAAGCACCGAUAAAGGUCCCAAUCACAAACGAUGACAUUUUAUUGUCAUAUGAUAAGGCAUAGCAGGGCAGCUUCAGGGUUCAUGAUACUAUAUCAGACGUCAAGUAUCAUUUGGUCAUUUUCCUCUUCUGCUUUACAUGACUUCGCUUUCUACUCCCCCACGCAUAAUCUCCAUUCGUUGACAUCUCAGAAAACACUACCCCCACACAAUUAUCGUUUGUGCCUUUCUCUUCACCGAAUGCUGACUGAUGCCUAGGAUACUUCAAAUCAUCAAGAUGCGGUUACUGUGGGAAACGUGACAAGAGUCAGUCAAAACGUGAAUUGAGCCCCUGCACCUCCAGUACCUUUUGGCCACCCCAAGACUCGCAUACACCUGCGUCACGAGACACCCGUGAUUCCACAGCCGUGUCAUCGAUGGUUGUUCUGAAGUUCAGAUUGACCACUUCGUAUAAGCACUUGAGUCACACGGUCUCUUGAACAUAAGGCUAACUAGUACGUGGGGUUAUAGGCUACGCUUACCACGCAGUGGCAAAUUCUUUGAGUCCUGCGUUCUAUCAAACUCUCCUUGAUAGAUAUUGGAGACGUUCAGGCACUCUCAUGUACCGACCCGAUCAACGUCGGUCAUGUUGCCCACACUAUACUAUUCGUCUUGAUUCUAGCCUGUUCAAGCCAUCCAGAGAUCAACGGCAGACCGUCAAUCGUUUCAACAAGUAUAUCAUGGGAGAGACUUACAUGAAAGAAGCGGCUCGCCUGUAUCCCAAGUCGCGUGAUGAGGCCAAGAAACGGGAUAACCAUUUUGAUCUCGUCGAACGGGUUCACGAGGCUGAAGAGGCUAACCUGAAGAAUCCCGCUGAGGCUGCCCAUAAACUCGUCGUGACUCUAGAGCAUGAUGAUUGUACGGAUGAGAAGUUUGCUGUUUACCAGAACUACCAGGCGGUAGUUCACAAGGAGUCUCCGGAUGAAAUUACCAAGACCGGAUUCAGACGCUUCCUUUGUGACUCGCCUUUGAGGAGAGAAACAAUGGUGACACCCGAUGGGCGUAAACGUCGCCUGGGUUCGUAUCACCAAUGUUACAGACUGGAUGGCAAGCUAGUUGCCAUUGGAGUGCUUGACCUCUUGCCCGAGUGUGUAAGCUCAGUAUACUUUCUUUACCAUGAAAGCAUUCACCAGCAUUCGCCAGGGAAGCUUGGUGCACUGUAUGAGAUUGCUCUAUCCAUCGAAGAGGGCUAUGGCUGGUGGUACCCAGGCUAUUAUAUACACAACUGCCCCAAGAUGUGGUACAAGAUUGAUUACUCGCCUCAGUAUGUUCUUGACCCUGUGUCUUUGACAUGGGACCCGCUGGAUCGAACUGUGUUGGACCUCCUCGACAAAAAGCCGUACGUGAGCCUUUCGCUUGAAAAGGAGCAGGCCUCUCGCGAGAUCGAACAAGGUUUUGCGUCGCCUACCGAGGAUCCAAACCAGAGUGACAAAGGGGGGGACAAAGGUUCCGACUCUGCAGCAUCCGAUGAAGAUGACAGCAACUGGUUGUUUGCAACCGGGAUGCCGGGUAUACCUCCGAUAUCUACGGUCGCUGAGUGGGAUAUGGAUCAUAUCGCUUUGAAGAUAUCCCCGAAAGCCCCAUUAUACGAAACCUCUGAUCUCGUCAGCUGGGAGGAAAAGGGGGUCGAGGAAUAUCCAGGAAUGAGAGCUGGUGUUGCUGAGCUCAUCGCGGCAAUUGGCCCUGACUUGAUGGACCGGAUUUGCCUGGACUUUUCCCGGAGACCCUAAACGGAUAUAUCAGGACUGGGAUGGUAAUAAGUAUCAAGAGAUGAUUUCUGCUCCAUCUUGUUGGCGAAAUCUUAAGGAUCGGUUCAAAGUCGACACAUUUCACUGCUCAACAUAUUUAUCAUGUCUAAUGAAAGAACGUCCAAUGUAGAGGUAUGUUAUUUAAAGUCUGAAGAAUGAAUACAUGUCUCGAUG